AUGCGCUCAUGGAGCUUUGACAUCAGGUACACGAGGGGGUCGCUGCAGGUUCUGAACCAGCUGAAACUGCCUCAUGAAACCGAGUACAUGGACGUGCGAGGGGCCGAGGAUGCCUUCGACGCCAUAAAGACAAUGAUGGUGAGAGGCGCGCCUCUUAUCGCCAUCGUCGCAGCCCUCGGCCUCGCCGUGGAGGCGUCCUCGGGGGCGACGCAGAAUGGCACUGCGCAAGAGGCAUCGUCGAUGCUGCACGAGAAGCUGGAUUACCUCAAGACCUCGCGGGAGACGGCCGUGAACCUUGCCAACGCCUGCGAUGCCCUCAAGACCACAAUCUCCGGAGAAGCCGCGAGGGAGGGCAGCACGUGGAGUUCCACCGUGGAGGCUUUCGUCGGGGCCGCCGAGGCCAUGCUGGAAGAGGACAUCGCCGCGAACCGUCGACAAGGGGGGUACGCUGUGGAGGCCCUGCUGUCGGAGCCGUCGUGCAAGGGAAAGGCCCGCCUCUCGGUCCUUACGCACUGCAACACCGGAUCCCUGGCGACCGCUGGGUUCGGGACGGCAUUGGGCGUGAUUCGAGCUCUCGACGAAAAGGGUUUGCUGGCGAGCUGUUAUUGUACGGAGACGAGGCCGUACAACCAGGGCGCUCGCCUGACGGCUUACGAGUUUGUCGCCGACGGGCUGCCCGGCACGCUGAUCCCUGAUUCCGCCGCUUCUUUCCUCAUGGCUCAAGGAAAAGUGGAUGCCGUCGCGGUCGGUGCUGACAGGGUGGCCGCCAACGGGGACACCGCGAACAAGAUUGGCACCCUGCAGCUCGCCAUCGCGGCGGCACACUACGGCAUCCCCUUCCUUGUCGUCGCGCCGCUCACGUCCUGCGACCCCGAGACCGCCACCGGAGGCGGCAUCAGCAUCGAAGAACGCCCGGCGUCGGAACUCAAGACUGUGGCGGGCACCAAGAUAGCGCCGGACGGCAUCUCCGCUUGGAACCCUGCGUUCGACGUCACCCCGGCCAGGCUCAUCACCGCGAUAGUCACGGACAAAGGAUGUGUGCCUAGGAAGGAGGCGACAGGAGACAAGGACAAGGAGUUCGACGUGAAGGCGUUUUGCCAAGCAAUGUCUACGGGCGAGGGACAACCGGACCAGCCACCCCCCAACCCGGAAGCCACCGCGCCCUCGGCUUCAUUGGAAACCCCUGAGGGAUACCGCGCUCUGACCGGAGAGGGGGCGAUAGCCGAGUACCUCGCGGGCCUCCCCAAGGUCAUGGCGCUGAUUGGCGCGUCGAGCGCGGCCGACGUCGUGUCGGAGGAGUUCGGGGACGGUAACCUUAACCUCGUCUUCCGCUGCAGGGGUCCGGCUGGGGACGCCGGCGGGACGGUGAUCGUGAAGCAAGCGUUGCCCUAUGUCCGCUGUGUCGGGGAGCCGCCGCACAUCAUCCUGCGGCUCGGGCUCAUCCAAGGCCUCCGGUACAGCACCCUCGCGGCGGACAUGGGCACGUACCUCGCGAGAACGCUGUUCUUCAGCUCCGCGUUGCACCUCACGGGGUCCCAGAUGAAGGAAGAGAUUGGUCGCUGGGCCAGCAACUGGCCAAUGUGCGAGCUCACAGAGCAGGUUGUUUUCUCCGACCCUUACAUGGAGUCCGACAUGAACCGCUGGACCAGCCCGGAGCUCGACGAGGCUGCCGCAGCCCUUAGGACGGACGUCCCCCUGCGGCUUAACGCUUCCAGGCUCAAACAGAAGUUCAUGACCAGCUGCGAGGUGAUCGAUCCCGAGUUCGCGUUCUACGGGCCGAUGGGCUUCGACCUGGGCGCCCUUAUCGCGAACAUCCUCCUGGCCUACUGCGCGGUGCCCGGUAAUGGGCAGGGGGAGGACUACGCAGAGUGGCUGCUCGAGCAGGUGUCGACGGUAUGGACGAGCUUCAAGGGGGCAUUCCUGGAGCUGUGGAUCGACGAGGAGUUGCACAAGGGACAGGCGUACCUGCGGGCCAUGUACCCAGACACAAAGGGCCUCGAGGAUGCCCAAGCGCAGUACAUGCAGAUGCUGUGGCAGGACACGCUCGGCUUCGCGGGGAUGAAGAUGAUUCGACGCGUUGUGGGCAUCUCCCACGUCGAGGACCUCGACGGCAUCAAGGACAGAGCCGCCCGCGCGCGGUGCGAGUCCCACGCCCUCGCCCUCGGGAAACGCCUCGUCAUGGCCUCGAAACCCCUCGAUGGGAGCUCCGACGGCGUCAUCGCCGAGGCCGAAGACGUUUUCGUCUUGGCGAGAUCGCUUGGUGGCGCCGGUGGAUCGUGA